AUGGAUCAGCAACGCUUCCUGCAGCAAUUGCAAGUGAUCCUGGAUCCCUCCCAGGGAAACGUUAAGGAAGCCACUGGCAUCCUGCAAAAAGAGUUUUACAACAAGCCAGAGUCUCUUGUUCUCCUGGUUCAGAUUGCCACUGGCCAUGAGGAUCCUAACCUCCGUCAGCUGGCCGCCGUCGAGGCCCGUUCGCACGUCCAGAAGCUGUGGCUGAAGGUCGCUGCCGACCAGAAGCCUCAGGUUCGGGAUCAACUGCUCCGGUCUACCAUGGGUGAGAGCUCGUCUCUUGUCCGUCACUCUGUUGCUCGUAUCAUCUCAGCUGUGGCCAAGAUUGAUCUUGAGGACGGUGAGUGGGUGGAUCUACCCAACAUCCUCCUUCAGGCUGCCGACAGUGGCAACCAGGAUGAGCGUGCCGUCGCCAUCUAUAUCUUGUUCACCAUUCUGGAGACUCUCGGUGAGGGCUUCGAGGAGAAGUUCCAGGACCUCUUCAAUCUCUUCAACAAGACUAUCCGUGACCCGGAGAGCGCCGAGGUCCGCAUCAACACGCUUCUGGCUCUGAGCAAGCUCGCCAUGCACCUUGACUCCGAGGAGAACGCUGCCCCCGUCAAGGCGUUCCAGGAUAUGGUUCCCGCCAUGGUGGCCGUUCUCAAGGAUGCAAUUGAUCAGAGCGAGGAGGACCGUGUGAUGCAAGCCUUCGAGGUUUUCCAGACCCUGCUCGGCUGUGACCCUGCCCUGCUCACAGUUCACCUUAAGGAUUUGGUCAUCUUCAUGAAUGAGCUUUCCGCCAACACCGAGGCUGAUGAGGAUACCCGUACUCAGGCUAUCAGCUUCCUUAUGCAGUGUGUCCAGUACCGCAAGAUGAAGAUCCAGGGUAUGCGUAUUGGAGAGCAGUUGACUCGUACCGCUCUUCACAUUGUCACCGAGCUGGAUGAGGCUCCUGUCGACGACGACAUCACCCCUGCCCGCUCUGCUCUGGGUCUUCUGGAUAUGCUCGCCCAGAGCCUUCCCCCGAGCCAGGUGGUUGUUCCCCUCCUCCAGGCUCUUGGUCAGUACUUCAAUAACAGCGAUCCUAACUACCGCCGUGCCGGUAUCAUGGCCUUGGGUAUGUGCGUUGAGGGUGCUCCUGACUUCAUUAGCACCCAAAUGAAGGAGAUCUUCCCCAUGGUUCUCCAGCUCCUUGCCGACCCUGAGCCCAAGGUUCGCCAGGCUUCCCUCCAUGCUGUUGCCCGUCUCGCGGAUGAUCUCGCCGAGGAUCUCAGUGCCGAGCAUGAGCGCCUGAUGCCCAUGCUGUUCAAGAACCUGGCCAGUGCCAUGCAGGAGUACAAGGGUGAGGAGGAUGGACCUACUAUGGACAUCAUGAAGGCUGGUAUCAGCGCCAUUGACGCCGUCGUUGAUGGUCUCGAGGAGAAGGAUGUUGCUCCUUACCAGGCCGAGCUUGUGCCCAUCCUGCACAAGCUUUUCCAGCACCCUGACUUUAAGAUCAAGGGUCUUGCUGCUGGCGCCCUGGGUUCCCUCGCUUCGUCGGCUGGUGACUCUUUCCUAUCCUUCUUUGACGAGUCCAUGCAUCUUCUGCAAGAGUUCGCCACUGUCAAGGACAGCGAGGAUGAGCUUGAUCUCCGCGCUAGCGUCACUGACGCUAUGGGUGAGAUGGCGGCGGCUGCUGGCCCUGAGCGUUACCAGCCGUAUGUCGAGCCUCUCAUGCGCGCUACUGAGGAGGCUCUGCACCUUGGCCAUUCCCGUCUCAAGGAGAGCACCUACAUCUUCUGGGGUGCAAUGGCUAAGGUCUAUGGUGAGCACUUCACUCCUUUCCUGGAGGGUGUCAUCAAAGGUCUUUUUGAGUGCAUUGAGCAGGAUGAGACUGACCUUGAGGUUGAACUCGGCGAGGCUGCCAAGGAUCUUGUCGGCCAGGAGGUAACUGUGGCCGGUCGCAAGGUCAAGGUUGCCAGCGCUGACGACGAUGAUCUCGACGGUGACAUCGAAGAUGUCGAAAUUGACGACGACGAGGAUGCCUGGGAUGACAUUACUGCCACCACUCCUCUGUCUCUGGAGAAGGAGAUCGCUGUUGAGGUCAUUGGUGACCUGAUCACCCACACUCGCAGCUCCUUCCUUCCCUACUUCGAGAAGACUAUUGAGACUGUGAUGCCUCUCGCUGAGCACCCUUAUGAGGGUGUUCGUAAGAGCACCAUCAGCACCCUGCACCGCUCCUAUGCUAUGCUUUUCGCCAUUGCUGAGGAGAGCGGCCAGAUGCCCAAGUGGCAGGCUGGUCUUCCUCUGCAGGUCCAGCCCGCCAAGGAGGUUAAGAAGUUUGGCGAAAUCCUCAUGACUGCGACCAUCAAGAUGUGGUCUGAGGAGGAUGACCGUGCUACCGUUGCUGACAUCAACCGCAACAUGGCCGAGAACCUCCGCUUCUGCGGCCCUGCUCUGAUUGCCGACGAGACCGUGCUGCACAACGUGAUCCAGAUGGUCACUGACAUCAUCACCAAGCAGCACCCUUGCCAGUUGGAGUUCGGUCCUGAAGAGGAGACCCUCGAGGCCGGCGAGGAGACUUCCGAAUUUGACUGGGUUGUGGUUGACACUGCGCUCGACGUUGUCUCUGGUAUGGCCGCCGCCCUGGGCCAGAGCUUCGCUGAGCUGUGGAAGGUGUUCGAGAAGACCAUCCUUCGCUACGCCAGCAGCACCGAGUCUCUGGAGCGCGCCACUGCCGUCGGCGUCCUUGCUGAGUGCAUCAACGGCAUGGGUGCGGCCGUGACCCCAAACACCGGCUCCUUCCUGAAGUUGCUGCUGCACCGUCUCGGCGAUGAGGACCCUCAGACUCGCUCCAACGCCGCCUAUGCUGUUGGUCGUCUGAUUGAGCACUCAAACGCUGAUGCCGAGAUCGUCAAGGAGUUUCCCACAAUCCUUGGCCGUCUGGAGUCGUGCUUGCAGAUGAACGUCUCUCGUCUGCAGGACAACGCCACUGGUUGUGUCAGCCGCAUGAUCCUGCGCCACCGCGACAGUGUCCCGACCAAGGACGUGCUGCCGGUACUUGUCGGCAUUCUGCCCCUGAAGAACGACUACGAGGAGAAUGACCCUCUGUACCGCAUGAUCUGCCAGAUGUACAAGUGGGAGGAUGCGACCAUCCGCGAACUCACCCCCCGCCUUCUGCCCGUCUUCCAGGCGGUGCUGACUGGCGAUGAGGACCAGCUGGAGGAUGAGCGCCGUGCGGAGCUCAUCGAGCUGGUCAAGUGGCUGAACCAGAUGCAGGCGGGCGCUGCCCCCUGGGUCGAGCAGCUGUAA